AUUUAUAACUUAAUGAGCAUCACUUAGAAUCUCUCUCUCUUUUACACACACACACAGCUACAUAAGCAUUGCUUACAAACAGGUCUGUGACAGGUAUUCAUGCAUGAUUGGUUCGCUACUGUCUUUUAAUAAUGUGUUUAUAUAUUUAAAUUUAUAUUUGUGGCAUUUAACAGAUGCAGAUCCAGAAUAAUUUACAAAUGUGAUUUGAUAUUCACACAAAAAGUGCAUCCUUAUCAUUACAAAUAGGUUACAGUCCAAAAACACUUUUGAUCUCGGAUACUAGCAGAAACGAGACUCAGUGCUGAUACAUAGAUGCACAAUACAAAGAUAAAACAUAUACAUGCUUCUGCUGACAUUUUUUCCUAAGUGUGUGAUUUAAUAUUUAGAUACUUUUGGAUGCGAUGGAACUUCAGUCACUGUUUGAAGACAACUGGGCUCAGGAGGUUUGUUCCACCACCCUGACCCUCACCUGGGUGAAAGCACAGAAAAGAGUGUUGAUGUGUGUCUAACAUGUAUUAUGGAAGGACAGUGUGUCAAGCCCCGCUAUGUUUGUAGUUUGAGCAGUGUGGAUUUGCUGUUGUAUGAAGGGUUAAGAGGAGUAAUAGCAUUGCUUUCAGGAUCACUGAGGGCACUAUGGAGCCUUUACUGUUAACCUCUCCUGCUCUAAAAUACUAUAUUACAUUGUCUUUGAAAAACUGCAAUUUGAUGUGGGACACACCAAUUUUCAAAUAAUGUUUCAAAAUGGGUAACCUUGUAUUUCAAGUCAAUGUUCCGAGGGCUUGUACACUUUAGAAAAUUGUGCUUGCAGACAGACCAUCCAGAAGAUGUUCUAUACCACUAAUAUUACUUGGCUCUUGUUUAUUUUAGCUUCAUUAGGAUAGUCUGGUUUAAAUUGACAUCUUUUUUUUUUCUUUUUUUUUUUUUUUUAAUGGUCUACUCAACUUGAUCUCUCUAUUACUGUAGUAGUGUACUUCAUACUUCAGUAGUGUGUAACUGGCAGGAAACCGGUUGUCUUACUCUUUCCUUUCCAUUGGUGCCCUCCAAUGGCAGUAAUGGGUAUCAAAGGGUCUGUCCCAAACCUCUGACAGGGAGGAGGAGAAGAGGUGGUCUGAUUGGAUCUCUCGCCGCAAGAUGUGUGAACACACAUACGCAGAACUGCAGCUUUCAGUCAGAAUGUGCGGUCAGAGCUCUGUAACUUUAAAACAACCAAAGAUCAAUGAGAGGCAAAGGCAUAAUAGGAUGAGUCAGCAUGCUAAAUCUCUAGUUGUCCUCGCUUCUGCUUUGUUUUGGCAGCUCGCGCGUGCCUACAAGCCGUUCCACGUUCCUGGGUGUUAUGGGAGCGCGUGUAAAGUAACGCUGCUUUUAAAGCAUAAGUUCUGUAUAUCACACUCCAUUCAUUUUACACAGUUUAUGUUGUACGAAGCGUUCCAUAACACACAUACACACUCUCAUAAAAUGGCGUGUGUAUGUUUGGGUGGGUAGAUGUGUAGCUUGUUACGUCAUUCUAGAAUAAAAUCCUUACCUGUCAUGACAGGGUAAAAAACCGGUGACAGUGCAAUGAGGCGCUGAAUGAACGCUAUAUGAAUUUUAAAAUCUAAAUAUGAAAUUUAAUUCUCCAUUCGAAUCCGAAACUAGGCGUUUAGCAAUAUUAUAAGGGAAAAUGCAGCGUCGUUAUGGAAACCACUUUGGAUCAAUGUGUCUAUGCGUCUUGUCUGUUUGUUUCGGAUGACACGACUGUAAUUAAGAUGGGGGGAAAAUGAUUUACGUCACAGCUUUAAUGUCACUCUUAAAUAUAUAUUCAUCAACAUUUAAAGGUAAUAAGAAUAAACUCGUAUUAUGAGAUAUAUUUUAUUCAAUAAAUCUUAAUGCCAGCGUCGCAUAGUACAAACUGCUUUUUACAUAUGACACUCAUUAUUAUGAUCAUUUCCUUUAUAGUAAAAAAAAAAAAAACGGAAAGAAAACUCAGCUAUGAAGCCGUAUCACAAGUAGCUUCCAGGUCAGGUUGUCUGUGAUGUGGUCCUAUGGUGCUGAAAGGACAGCGCCCGUAACCUUUACCCUGGGCGUGGCAACGCGCCUCACAAAUCGGACAUUCAUUUUCAUACCUCGUAUCUAGAAGUCACAGCGAACAUAAGACAUCAUAGGAAAGUUUGCCGUGCUCCAUUUGUAGCCUUUAGGUUUUUUCCUCUUUUGAGAAUCGGGUCUGACGGCGUAGGCGGAUGUACUCGCAAUAAGUCACUCCACACAAAGGGCACCGCGACAAGUCACCGAGAACAAUAGUAAAUCCUUAGGUAUGAAAAUAAUGUCUUUGUAACUCGGUGGAACCGUGACAUUUCAGGGCACACUCCGCUACCCUCUCUCCGAGGCUAAACCACCUCCUCACCCUUCGGGUACCAAGCUUCCACGACAUCUUCCUGGGAGUUGGCAGAAGCUCAUUUUGACAUGUCUGCCGGUGAUGUACCUGCUUUUUUCAAGAGCAUGGGUUCCUCUAGCCCCAGUCCACCACGGCAAAAAUUCUGUGGCAUGUUCUGCCCUGUGGAAGGUUCCACAGAGAACAAAACGCUGGAUUUUGACUCGCUGUCCUCGAGAAGCAGCUCGGUGGGUGUGCAAGUGAUAGAAAGGCAGAGGGAGAUCUCCCAGCCGAGGAAGGUGGAGAUCCGUAAAAGUGCAGGCAAAGAGUUACUGCAGAACCUCAAUGACAAGAGUGAGCGUCUACUAAUUAAAGGAGCCAAGAUCGUGAAUGAUGACCAGUCCUUGUUUGCAGACAUCUACAUGGAGGAUGGACUUAUCAAGCAGAUUGGGGAGAAUUUGAUAGUCCCUGGUGGAGUUAAAACCAUUGAUGCCCAAGGGCGGAUGGUUAUGCCAGGGGGCAUCGAUGUUCACACACGCUUCCAGAUGCCAGACCGAGGCAUGACUGCUGCUGACGACUUCUACCAGGGCACUUGUGCUGCUCUGGCAGGAGGCACCACCAUGAUUAUUGACCAUGUGGUGCCAGAAUGUGGGAUAGGGCUCCUAGCUGCAUUUAAUCAGUGGCGGGACUGGGCCGACAGUAAGUCCUGCUGUGACUACUCCCUCCAUGUGGACAUUACCGAGUGGCACAGGGGCAUCCAGGAGGAUAUGGAGACACUCGUAAAGGACCACGGGGUGAACUCUUUCCUGGUCUACCUGGCCUACAAAGAUGUUUUCCAGCUGACCGAUUCUCAGAUCUAUGAGGUGUUCAGUGUGAUCCGUGAUCUGGGUGCUGUCGCGCAGGUUCAUGCUGAGAAUGGAGACAUCAUUGCUGAGGAACAGCACAGGAUUCUGGACCUGGGCAUCACUGGACCUGAGGGUCACGUGCUGACUCAUCCAGAGGAGGUGGAGGCAGAGGCAGUCAAUCGCUCUGUGACAGUGGCCAAUCAGACCAACUGCCCACUCUACAUCACCAAGGUGAUGAGCAAGAGUGCGGCUGAUGUCAUCGCCCAGGCCCGGAAGAAAGGGACUGUAGUGUUUGGCGAACCGAUCACUGCAAGUCUGGGCACAGACGGCUCACACUAUUGGAGCAAGAACUGGGCCAAGGCUGCAGCUUAUGUGACAUCCCCGCCCCUGAGUCCUGACCCCACGACACCCGACUAUCUCAGCUCCCUGCUGUCCUGUGGGGACUUGCAGGUGACUGGCAGCGCCCACUGCACAUUCAGCACGGCCCAGAGAGCUGUGGGUAAAGACGACUUUACCCUCAUCCCAGAGGGCACCAAUGGCACAGAGGAAAGGAUGUCAAUCAUCUGGGACAAGUGUGUGGUGACUGGUAAGAUGGAUGAAAACCAGUUUGUGGCUGUGACCAGCACCAACGCAGCUAAGAUCUUCAACUUGUACCCACGUAAAGGCCGUGUCGCUGUGGGCUCUGAUGCGGAUCUGGUCCUGUGGGACCCUGACAUCACCAAGAUCAUCUCUGCCAAGAGCCACAAUCUGGCGGUGGAGUAUAACAUCUUUGAGGGUAUGGAAGUGCGGGGAGCUCCACUGGUAGUGAUUAGCCAGGGGAAAAUUGUGCUAGAGGAUGGAACCCUCCACACAACAGAGGGCUCAGGACGCUACGUGGCCCGGAAACCCUACCCCGACUACGUUUACAAGAGGAUAAAGGCCCGCAGCCGGCUUGCUGAGUUGAGGGGUGUCCCCAGAGGCCUUUACGAUGGGCCAGUGUGUGAGGUGUCUGUGACCCCUAAGGCUGUGACUCCGGCUUCCUCAGCCAAGACGUCCCCGGCCAAGCAACCCACACAGCCUGUCCGCAACCUUCACCAGUCUGGAUUCAGUCUGUCUGGUGCUCAGAUUGACGACAAUGUUCCACGUCGCAACACUCAACGCAUUGUGGCACCCCCUGGUGGCAGGGCCAACAUUACAAGCCUGGGCUAAAGCUCUCCUCACUCUGUAGGAGACUGGGAGCUUACAGGAGUUUGGGGGGUUGGGGACGUCUGAAGGUGGUCGUUUUCCCAACACCAACUUCCAUCCAGAGCCAAAUCCUCCUUUGGGCCUGUGACUCUCCCCCUAGACCUUCUGAAGCCCCUGCACCUCCCUGCACUCUCAUCACUCUCCAUCCUCCCUCUCCUAGCGGAGAAUCUAGAGAAAAAAGAAAUAUUUGCCUCAUACGAAGAUAAAAGGGAAAAAAUUAACACUUCAUAUUUGAGCACCUUUAAUGGUAUGAUUUAGCAUUUUUAUACUGUACUUUCUACCUACCAUUUGUCAUUAAUAUUAUUUUUUGUUUAAUUUUUUUUUAUUGGACGGGUCCAGUUAGACUACGCUGAGCAGUUAUUGCUUACCAUUGUAACUUUAUUUAACAAGGUCAGCGGGGCACAGUCCUGUAGGUCAACAUUCGUCAACAGUCUUCUGUCAGUUUGUGGGUGAAAUAUCUAUAAGGAGAAGGAGGAAUGUCAAUAUUCAUAAAAAUGGGCAUACAGGAGUCAAGGUCAAAUUCAAGGUAAAUUUGAAUGUUCUUCAGUCAGCUCAUAAAAAUGGUUAUACUGUAAAAUAAACAACCCUUCUGGAUCAUGUCCAAGAAAAACAGAAUCACUGAAUGAGGUGACUGAGAUGCACAUGGUGGUACAUCACCAGACUGUGCUGUGUUUAACUCUGUUUUGUAUGCCUGUAAAGAUUUAUGACUGCAUAUAAAACCAAGUAAUGAGCAAAGCCCUGUUAAGAAAAGAGCCCCAAUGAUGUUAAACUUGGAUUCCUCUCAUUUCAGUCACAAAUUGCAUUUUAAUAUGAUCUGACUAAACGCAGCAUUGAGCUUCAUAUUUAGAAGUUGCAUUAGCAUGUUGCGAACAGUCCAUGAAAGUGGGGUGUAUUUGGCUGUAAAUGAGUAGUGCUAACCCUGACCCUAGUGUCUGGUCACGGGCUGGGGUGGCGACGUCCUGUGUGUGGAUGUGUGUCAGGGCCACUGGUGUAAUAAGAGGGUCCACUGUACUGGCAGCUACAUGUGGCACAGGAAUACGGAACAACUGGGAAGCACCAUGGAAAUUAAGGACAUUUUGGGUUUUGAGUUCCUGCUUUUUACAGCUGUUUUCUACUCGGGUGACAUGGAGAGAAUGAGUGAAACAUGGGUGUCGACUAGAGUUGGAACAUUCACUUCUGUCACUCCAGUAAUGCUAGAGCCAGUGCUGCCAUCCUGGUUUAUAACAACAAUGGUUGUAGUUGCUACCGUCAGUGCAGUUUUACAGUAUUUGCAUAUUUCAUAUGCUGCAAAUGCUGCCUUGGCCAUUGAAUGUGAUCCUUGUGAUAAUGUAGUUGUUAAGCUCACACUGAUGGAAAUGUAAAUGAAUGUCUUUUGUCUUUUAACCCUAAUCUUAGCUUUAUUAUCUGUGCCUAAUGUCACAGAAGUGUACGGAGUGUUUUUUUAGACCAAUUUUGUUCUUUUUGCUAAACUUAUUGAUGAAAAAGAAGGCUAUAGACAUAAAAUAGCCAAUGUUAACCGAUGCAAAGGUGCCAGAUUCCUCUUCCCUAUCCAUCUUCACAGUGCUUUCAAAGUCUGUGAGUCUGCAGUGGACUGCCCACGGGUGUAGUGUCCAUGAUAGUAAUGUUAGUGUAAUGACUGAUGUGUAUGCAACUUUGAUGCAUAAUGUGAGAACUGCUACACAUUAACCAAUCAGUUUUUUUCUGCAUCAUGGUGGCAAACAGCUGCAGUCUUGCCCCAAAUGAAGGGCCAAGCUGUGAAAGUGGAUGCUGGACCAUGCAGUGUGUAAUAUGGUUGUAGUGUAGUGGGCAAAGAAAGUGCUGUGCUGGAUUGAGUAUACUUCCCUAUGUUUCUCACGAGACCCUAAGCAAUUCCACCCGUCCAUUUUUUUCUGUUUUGUGUAUUCUGUUUCUCAUUUAAUAAACCCAUCAUACAUGUUUUUUCCCUCUCCUUUA